UUGCAAGCAGUGUGUGUAAAAUCAACAGGACACCAUAGAUAUCGUAUGGGACAAAUUUCUCAAUCUUUAGAAAGUUUUAAAUCAUUAAGUACUGAAGAAAAGGCUAAAGUUUCUCAACUAAAAGAGAACAUAAGAACAAGAUAUGAACGCUUGAAAGAAAUGGAAUCUGUAUUACCAAGAAAAAAUGGACUCUACCUUAAAGUCAUUCUUGGAAAUGUAAGUGUUAAUUUAAUGAACAAAGAUGAUAGAUUGAAAUAUAAAGAAGAAUAUGAAAAUUUCAAAUGUAUUGUAACAGUUAUCAUUCUUAUCCUGUCAUUUCUAGACAUAAUUGUGUCAUAUCGAGUUCUAGAUUCCAUUCUCCACUUUUUACAGGUUUGGUAUUAUUGUACAUUAACAAUCAGAGAAAGCAUUCUAGUUAUCAAUGGAUCGCGAAUGAAAGGAUGGUGGAGAAUUAAUCAUUUCAUUACCACUGUACAAGCUGGUGUUUUGAUUGUAUGGCCUGAUGGAUUAAUGUAUGAUUUAUUUAGAAAACAGUUUAUGGUCUACACUUGUUAUACAAGUAUAUUGCAAUUUUUGCAAUUUAGUUACCAGCAAGGAUGUUUGUAUCGCUUACGAGCUUUAGGUGAAAGGUAUAAUAUGGAUAUAACAAUUGAGGGUUUUCAUUCCUGGAUGUGGAAAGGACUUACUUUCCUAUUGCCAUUUUUAUACUUUGGAUAUAUAUUCCAAUUGUAUAAUGCUUACACAUUAUAUAAAUUGAGUGAUCAUCCUCGAUGCAUUGAAUGGCAGGUACUUUGGUCGGCAGCUAUAUUUUUUGUUCUUUUUCUUGGAAACACCUUAACAACUUCUAGAGUAAUCCACCAAAAAAUAAAAGAAAAAUUAUCAGAUAUUAAACAGAAGAUACCUUAAGGUGAUAAAAGAAUUUCCACAUCAUGGGCCAAAGAUGACAGUUUUGUCAACGCUUUGAAUUAAACUAAAAGUUACCAAAUGUGUUCCCUACCCGAAACUGUAAAUUUAGUUUCUGCCAGAUUUGUAUACAAAAUAUUAAAGUGUCGGUCAUAUUGCAUAACUUUAUUAACAUGAUGAAAUUGUACAAUGUCAAAAAUCCUUGUUGUAAAAUUGUAAAUUUUCUGAAAAAUUUAUAUUUCUAAGAAUGUGAUAAAAAGAUAUUUCAUGCAAAAUAUAUUUAGUGUAUUUGUAUGAAGGUUAUAAGACAGACAACCGAUUGUGAGAUAAUUUUACUGUGUUAAAAGUAUUAAUAAAACGGAUAAAUAUAAAAAUGUACAGAUAAAAUUUUAUUUGAAUGAAUUAAUAAGAACAUUCAUAUUACACACCAAUAAAAUUUUAGCAUUAUUAAUAUAACUAUCCAAAUGUAAAUUGUUUGUAGUUAAGUCAAUCUUAGAGAUUAUCAUCUAUGUUCAUAUUUGUAAUAGAAAAUAAAAGAAAAAGAAUGUUCUGAUGUUAUUUUGAAUAAAGGAAAGAUUUA